AUGCAGCGUCUACGGACCUCGGGGUCGUCGUUUAUUAGGUAUCAAACAGUACCUCAGAUGAGAAGAAAAGCUUUGGAUUCCUGGUCUGCUGUUCAGGACACUUAUUAUUCAACAAAGGAUAUUUUUGAGAGCCAUAAAGUGGUAUUUACAAUCUCCACUUCUAUAGCAUCCGUUGCAACAGCAUGGUUUGGUUAUUCUCUACGCCAUUUUCAUGAGUCAAGAGUUGAUCAAAGGCUAGAAUCAAUCGAAAAAGCUAUGAAAAACACUUCUCAGUUGGAACACACUGAUAUCCAAAAGCUUGUUGGUUCAGGCAGUAUCAGUAUUCCAGCUUGUGCUGCCACUGCUGGAACCUCUUUCAUUCUUGGUUAUGGCUUGGGUUGGCGAGGUGGAAAAUGGUCUGCAAAUGGGAGGUUCAGAAAGGAGCAGAUGAAACUGUUAGGACAGCUAAAACCUAAAAGGUGGCACCUCAAGUUCCUUCAAAGACCAUUAAUAAGACCCAGAUUGCCCGGAAUUCUAAAGCGCAAAUUGCCAGAAAAUACUGUUGGAACAUCAGAAGCAUUGCAAAAGGACGUGUCUAUUCGCCACAACUCUGGAGACACACAACCUGCUUGUUAA